AACCUUCCGUAAUCUCGACCAAUCAAAAUACUCCUACGUGUCGUGCCGUCAGUAACAGACCUCAGGAUCCUUUUACUUGCAACGCCGAGGUUAUAAAAGCUUGUGAAAAAUGUGGACAGAACCUUAUUUUUGCCCAGCAUAUUUCGUGCAUUUACAAAAUUGGCAUACAUUGUGAUCCGUGUCGAGUCGUUGCCGUUCACAUUGGUGAGACUUUGACCAAAUUGUUGCAUUACACAAAUAUCCACCAUGGGCGCAAGUCUGACGUCAGCCGAAUGCACUAGCCAUGUCAAUAUCAGUCAAGAACAAGUAUCUCUUUUGCUGUAUACUCCCCUGGACACCGCCAUGAUAACCACAUUCAUACCCACGACCUGGUGUCUUGGUCUCAUCACCAACUUGAGUUUUCUGUUUGUCAUGUACCGUGUUCCUAAACUGAGAUCUGACACUAACUUAUACCUAGCUCACAUGGCGAUUGCUGAUUUUCUCUACUUGAGUAUUGCAUCUGUGUUGCAAUUGUUAACCUACACUAGUUCCCGCGUGGCAUUUAACAACCCCAUUGGAAACACUGCUUUGUACCUAACUUGCAUCACUAUCGCAAACACUGGCUACUUCGGCUCCAUUUCGCUGGUCACCAUGGUAUCCCUUGAGAGAUACCUCGCUCUGUGCCAUCCCAUGAAACAUCUCACCAUGCGGGGGAGAAGACGAACCUACAAAAUGAUCGCAAUCUGCUGGCUUCUGGGCUUGCUGUUCACCAUUCCAAUUUCCCUCGCGAAUGGAGUUAACAAUGUAAGUUGCCUGAAGUGGCCUGAUGACGACGCAUACCAAGGAUUUCCAACUACAUGGAGAAAGUACAUGCCCGUAACACCAGAGAUUUAUUACUACCUCCCACCACUGCUGGACGUCCCCUGGCUCAUUGCGAUGGUGUCUAACAGCUACAUGUAUGUGAGGAUCUUCCAGACACUCAAUAAACGCACCGAGGAAGGUGGCGUGGCCAGUAACGACCAAAACGCCAUCCGGGUCCGAAACCAAGUGGCCAAGAUGUUGAUCGUAAACGGUGUGGUGUUCUUCCUAUGCCAGACUCCAUAUCGUAUCAUCAACCUGAGUUAUUGGAUCUGUUUGGUGGCUAAGAUUCCUAAUCCCCUCCAAGCCGCAUUAGGCAACGCUGGAGACUGGGUGGCCCAAGUUCCACAGUACAUCAACGGGAUGAUAAAUCCUUUGAUCUACGGUACCAUCAACAAGACGGUCCGUGCUGCCUUCAUCCAGGUGUUUUGUUGCAGAACUCAAAUCAGAGAGCAAGGUGUUGCAGCCAUCAGCCACACGGCGCCACUGCAGAAAAACGCUACCCCACAGACCUCGGUCACUGACGCGAAUACCGACACCAAACUGUGAAUUCUACAAAAAAAUUAAUAACGUUUAUAUUGAUGCUACACUCAUAAAGGUCAGAUUUAACCGAAAUCUGGGUCAGAUUUCACGUAACACCAGUUUACGGGUCAAAAAGAAACUUCUCUGAGUCACAUUUCCGGGCCAUACGACCCAGAAGGUAUUAUUUUAACAGGAAAACUAUCAUUUGGACAAAGACAAGUGUCAAUCCUAAUAAAAAAAAUGUCAUUUUGACCCACUGUCUGUCCGGUCAAAUUGGACCCAGAUGAUAAAGAGUCGAAAUUGACCCGAGACUUUAAGAGUGCAUGAAGUUCUGCAUAAUAUACAGUUACCACCAGGCAUGCAGUUCAAGGUUUCUUUUUCUCUUGUUAAAAGCGCUUUAUAAGAACCUGUAUUAUUAUUACUCUGUGAAUAUAAGAGGAAAUAUGUGAAAUAGUUCUUUGUUAUCCACUGUACAAAUACUAAAAUGUAGAUUAGACAUCCGGUCAGUGUUCCUAUUAUCCUGUACAGAAAGAUGCACUAAUUCUUCAGAAACAAUUUUUUUACAGCAAUGUUGUCAUCAUUGGCAAUAGUUUCGGCGUACUGUGGUUAAAAUGAGAUUUUCUGCACUUAUCUUGAAUGAAUUAAAUACACUAUAUUCAACAUUCCGACGCUGGGACGCUGGUUUCUCUGGGGAAAGCCCUUCCUUGAAAACGAUGGAAAGUUGUUGGAAUUUGAUUUAAAAUUAGAAAGCUGAUUUAAUAUGUUAUAAGGAAAAACCACCUUCAAAUUGAAGCCCAAACUGUUAGCAAUUACCACAGAAUGAAAGUCAAACGUUCUUAAAAAAAAAGAUUAAAAUUGUACUGCCAUGAAACAUGUCAGAAGUACAUGAGGAACUUUAGCGGAAUAUCCUACCUAUAAAUGGAAGGUUGUGAACCUCUCUCAAAGAGUAAAUCUCCAAGAAGGUUUAAGGCGAGGUUUCAUAUUUUAAUGUUUACACCACAUGUUCAUGUAAUAAUCAUCAAACUAAAUAUUUUGUUUAUUUCGUGUAUUGGCUCAUCGAUUUCGAACACGACACAAUGAGUAACGUCGUAAGAGAAUAUGUGCUGCUCAUUCGUUUUUGAUUUGGUUUAUCGGGAUUGCAUUUCAUUAGGCCUACUAAUUAGUAAAAACUAAAGUUUAAUAUUUAAUGUUAUGAUAUUACGAGCAAAUUGGCUAGGUGACCUUGAGUAAGGUCAGUGCCCACAUGCACACUGUCUUUUUGGCUAAAUCAUUGAGUGCGUGUCCAAGUGAUCAUGAUCAGUCAAUUUUAAUUGCGAAUUUGAAACUUUUAUUUUCUCUGUGUACACACAUGUACAAAAUACGUGUGUGUAAGGCCCCAAUUGGAUUAUAAUUUGCCUUUGAGUCCCUUUA